AUGCCCCUGGAUCCUCGUGAGCCUCAGUGGGCUCCUCAGCUUGCAAUUCCAGUUGCAGGCUAUUGGGUCACAUUUGCUGUCCCGUCACAGAAUUGCUGGGGCGCUCUCCUCAUAGUUACUGAGAUUGACAUUCAUGCUGGGCUGGAUUCUCAGGGUUCAGUAGAGGUAUAUGGUUUUCUGCCAGCUGAGAAUUUGUGCCGGCAUUUCUGGCUUCAAAGUGAACCUUUCGAAAGGAAGCGCACCGGGCUUCUAAUUGGUUGUGACAUCCAGGAACCGAAAGUGGCACAGGUCUUGCAAAUGUGUGACAAAGAUACAGAAAGAGAAAUCCAUGCGGCGCCCCAUGUGAGUGAGAAAUUAAUUCAGCUCUUCCGGAAUAAAAGUGAGUUCACGUUUCUGGCCACCCUGCAACAGAAGGCAUCCACUUCUGGAGUUAUACUGUCCAUCCGAGAGUUAGAGCACAGCUAUUUUGAACUGGAGAGCAGUGGCCUACGGGAUGAGAUUAGAUAUCACUACAGGUUUAAUGGGAAGUCAAGAACAGAGGUGUUCCCGUACCGUCUGGCAGAUGGACAGUGGCACAAGAUUGCUGUGUCACUUAGUGCAUCCCACCUUCUACUCCAUGUGGACUGCAACAGGAUUUAUGAACGCAUCAUUGAUCCCCCAGAAACUAAUUUGACACCUGAAAGCAAUUUAUGGCUCGGACAGAGAAACAGGAAACAUGGUUUCUUUAAGGGUGUUAUUCAAGAUGUGAAAGUCAUCUUUAUACCUAAUGGAUAUAUAAUGCAGUGUCCUAAUCUGAAUCGCACAUGCCCAACCUGCAGUGAUUUCUUAAGUCUGGUGCAAGGAAUCAUGGAUUUGCAAGAACUUCUGGCAAAAAUGACUGCAAAAUUAAAUUAUGCAGAAACAAGACUGAGUCAAUUGGAAGACUGUCAUUGUGAGAAGACUUGUCAAGUAAAUGGAUUGAUCUAUAGAGACAAAGACUCAUGGGUUGAAGAUGAUCACUGCAGGAAUUGCACAUGCAAAAGUGGAGUUGUAGAAUGCCGAAGGAUGUCUUGUCCCCCUCUCGAUUGUCCUCCUGAUGCUCUCCCAGUGCAUGUGGAAAGCCAGUGCUGCAAAAUAUGCAAAGCCAAGUGCAUCUACGGAGGCAAAGUGCUAGCAGAAGGUCAACGAGUAUUAACCAAGAGCUGCAGGGAAUGUCGAAAUGGAGUUUUAGUAAAAGUAACAGAGACUUGUCCGCCAUUGAACUGCUCAGAAAAAGAUCACGUUCUUCCAGAGAACCAAUGCUGCAGUGUUUGUAGAGGCCAUAACUUCUGUGCAGAGGGACACAGAUGUGGUGAAAAUUCAGAGUGCAAAAACUGGAACACAAAAGCUACUUGUGAAUGCAAGAAUGGUUAUCUCUCUGUCCAAGGGGACUCUGCGUAUUGUGAAGAUAUUGAUGAGUGUGCUGCCAAGAUGCAUUAUUGUCAUGCCAAUACUGUGUGUGUUAACUUGCCUGGAUCCUAUCGUUGUGACUGUGUCAUGGGAUAUGUCCGUGUCGAUGAUUUCUCCUGUACAGAGCAUGAUGAGUGUGGUAGUGGACAGCAUAACUGUGAUGAAAAUGCAAUCUGUACGAACACUGUCAGGGGACACAGCUGCACCUGCAAACCCGGAUACGUGGGGAAUGGGACCAUCUGCCGAGCAUUCUGUGAAGAGGGGUGCAGAUUUGGUGGCACUUGUGUAGCCCCUAACAAGUGCGUCUGCCCUUCUGGAUUCACAGGAAGUCAUUGUGAGAAAG